AUGGAAGGAAAAAGAGGAGUCUUGAUGCAAAAAUACGAGUUUGGCAAAUUGCUCGGACAAGGCACGUUUGCCAAGGUUUAUCACGCAAGGAAUAUCGAAAACGGGAGCAGUGUAGCUAUCAAGGUGAUUGAAAAAGAUAAGAUUUUGAAAGUGGGUCUGAUGGAGCAAAUCAAACGGGAAAUCUCCACGAUGAACCUCGCCAGGCACCCGAAUAUCGUGCAGCUUUACGAAGUAUUGGCCACCAAAUCGAAAAUAUACUUCGUGAUGGAAUAUAUGAAAGGCGGGGAGCUUUUCAACAAGGUGGCCAAGGGAAAACUGAAACCCGAUUCUGCCCGAAAAUACUUUCAGCAGCUUAUUAGUGCCGUUGAUUUUUGUCACAGCAGGGGAAUUUACCACAGGGACCUCAAGCCCGAGAACUUGCUCUUGGACGAAAAUGGAAAUUUGAAAGUAUCGGAUUUCGGGCUUAGCGCCCUUUCCGAGUCGAGAAAGCAAGACGGGCUUUUACACACCACUUGUGGGACCCCUGCUUAUGUGGCACCUGAGGUUGUUAGCCGGAAAGGUUACGAUGGCUCGAAAGCCGAUAUUUGGUCAUGUGGGGUCAUCUUGUUUGUUCUUUUGUCGGGUGAGCUCCCUUUUCACGACUCGAAUUUAAUGGAAAUGUAUAGGAAAAUAAGCAAAGGGGAGUUCAAAUACCCGAACUGGGUCUCGUCUGAAGCCCGCAGGCUGAUUUCGAAGAUUCUUGACCCAAAUCCGAGUAACAGGAUAACUAUAUCAAAGAUCAUGGAGAAUUCUUGGUUUCGAAAAGGGUUUCAUCCGAAGGCUGCGAAAAUAGCUGCCGAUGAUUUUGUCACGAGCCGUGAUGUUAACGUGAAGGAAGUAUUUGAGGAUGAGGAUGAAAAGGGUGAACUUGGAAAGCCGGUGAAUUUAAAUGCCUUUGAAAUCAUCUCACUAUCUGCCGGUUUUGAUCUUUCGGGCAUGUUUGAGGACCGUGAUCGAAUGAAAGAGGUAAAGUUUACUUCUAACCAACCGGCCAAGAUUAUUGUUUCGAAAUUGGAGGGUUUAGCCCAGCGCUUGAAGAUGAAGGUGAUGAAGAAGAAUGGAGGGUUUGUGAGAAUCGAGAGGGUUAAAGAAGGGAGGACAGGGGCCUUGUCGAUAGAUGCGGAUUUAUUCGAAGUGGGUCGGGAUUUUCACUUGGUGGAGAUGAGAAAGUCGAAUGGGGACACGUUGGAGUAUCAGAAGGUGAUGAAAGAAGAGAUUAGGCCGUGUUUGAAAGACAUCGUGUGGACGUGGCAAGGGGACGGGCCUCGGGAGGAGCUGGUGGAGCCCGAGUUUGUACCGUCUCAAGUUGCAGAGGCCCAAGUGGAAUUAUCUUGA